UUAUAGUUCUGUUCUUUAGUUGUUCUUUAUUUUAAAUUAAAAGAAAAAAAUGUUGCGCUACACUAUUUUUUUAAUAGUUGGAUUUAUAACAAUAAUUCGAGGUUAUGAUUUACCUAAACCAUUCCUUGAUGGUCGUAUUGUUGGUGGUGUUCAAGUAAAUAUUUCGGAAAUUCCAUAUCAAAUUUCAUUGCAAUAUUAUAAUAGACAUAUUUGUGGUGGAUCAUUAAUUGCUAAAAAUCUUGUAUUAACUGCUGCUCAUUGUACAGAUGGUAGUUCUCCAUCAUCACUUAGUGUUCGUAUUGGAUCAUCAAAACAUGCAAGUGGUGGUAUACUUGUACAAGUAGAAAAUAUUCAUCAACAUCCAAAUUUUAGUUAUUCAACAAUUGAUUGGGAUUUUUCAGUUUUAAGAUUAUCAAAUUAUAGUAACCAAAAUUUAACAAUUGGUAUUGCAAAAUUACCAAAACAAAAUGAAAAAGUUCCCGAUGGCACUAUUGUUAGGGCAUCCGGCUGGGGUAAUACGCAAAAUCCACAGGAAUCAAAUAGUAAUUUAAGAGCUGUUCAAUUACCAAUUGUUAAUCAAGAUCAAUGUAAUAAAGCUUAUAAAGCAUAUGGUGGUGUAACACCAAGAAUGAUUUGUGCUGGACUUAAAGAAGGUGGAAAAGAUUCUUGUCAAGGUGAUUCUGGUGGUCCAUUAGUACUUAAUAAUACAUUGAUUGGAGUUGUUUCAUGGGGUUACGGUUGUGCGGUGGCGGGUUAUCCUGGAGUUUAUGCACGUGUUCCUGCAGUAAGAGAUUGGAUUCGACAAGUUUCUGGUGUUUAAAUAAUAAUUUUUAUUUAUAAAUCUAUUCCUGUUGUGGUUUCUACAUAAAAUAUGUUUAAAAAAUAUAUAUUAAAGAAUAUGUUAUGAAAAUUUUUUUAAUUGCUAUUUAUGUGAUUGUGAAAAAUUGUGAUUAAGUAUGAGCUAACUACCGACUUACCUCAAAAUUAAAA